UAAAUAUAUUGAUCUGAUUGGAUAUGGUGCCUGUUUCCUCCCUGAUCUACUUCCGUUUGCUCACACAGCCCCUGCCACACUGGCCUCUUCAGUGCGCAGGAACUGUGAGCAAAUGAGGUACUUCAACACACCAGGCUGGCUCCAACCCUGAAUCCUUUACACUUGCUGUUUGCUCGACCUGGAAUGUUGGGCCACCGGCUGUCCACAAGCUCACCCCUCACUGCCUUCAGGUCUUCAUUUAGCGAGGCCUUCUCUGACCACUCAGCCUUCAUCUUCAACUCCUCCCUGUUUGUGCCCCUUCACUCCUUUUUUUUCUCUCUUUUCAAUUUUUAUUUACUUACUUUUUAAUUUUUGGAGACGGAGUCUCUCUGUCACCAGGCUGGAGUGCAGUGGUGCAAUCUUGGCUCCCUGCAACCUCAGACUCCCUGGUUCAAGCGAUUCUUCUGCCUCAGCCUCCCAAGUAGCUGGGAUUACAGGCACGCGCCACCAUGCCCAGCUAAUUUUUGUAUUUUUAGUAGAGACGGGGUUUCACCAUGUUGGCCAGGAUGGUCUCCAUCUCCUGACCUUGUGAUCCACACAGCUCGGCUUACCAAAGUGCUGGGAUUACAGGCGUGAGCCACCAUGCCUGGCCUUGUUUCUUAAGCACUUACCGCUAACAUGCCAAAUAUUAUCCUUCAUCAUUGCACCACUGGAAUGUAAUUUCCAUGCGGGCAGAUUUGGAAAUAUAUAUUUAAUUCCCCUUUUCAGCUUUUUUUUUUUUUUUUUUUUUUUGAGAUAAGUUCUUACUCUGUCACCCAGGCUGGCAUGUAGUGGCAUAAUCUCGGCUUACUGCAGCCUCCGCUGCCCAGACUCAAGCCAUCCUCCUACCUCAGCCUCCCAAGUAGCUAGGACCACAGGCAUGGACCACCAUACUCGGCUAGUUUUUUGUUUGUUUGUUUUUGACAGAGAUGGGGUUUCACCAUGUUGCCCAGGCUGGUCUCAAACUCCUGAGCUCAGGUGAUCUGCCCGCCUUAGCCUCCCAAAGUGCUGGGAUUACAGGCCUGAGCCACCGCACGCCAGCCUGCUUUUUUUCCAAAUGUUCUAAUCUUUCUCGUUUUAUUAUUAUUUAAAAAAAAUUUUUUUUGACACAAGACCUCACUCUGUCACCCAGCCUGGAGUGCAGUGGCCUGAUCACAUGUGGCUCCCUGCAGCCUUGAACUCCCAGUCUCAAGAGAUCGUCCCACCCCAGCCUCUCGAGUAGGUGGAACUACAGGCAUAUGCCACCACACCCAGCUAAUUUUUGUAUUCUUUUGUAGAGAUGGAGUUUGCCCAUAUUGCCCAGGCUGGUGUCCAACUCCUAGGCUCAAGUGAUCCUCCCACUUCAGCCUCCCAAGAUGCUGGGAUUACAAGCAUGAGGCACCGCACCCAGCUCAGCUGUUAAUCUGGAAUUUCAGGAUGAUGGCAUCUGCGGCAGCAGCGGAGGCUGAGAAGGGAUCUCCAGUUGUGGUGGGCCUGCUAGUUGUGGGCAACAUCAUUAUUCUGCUGUCAGGCCUGGCCCUGUUUGCUGAGACCAUAUGGGUGACAGCCGACCAGUACCGCGUAUACCCACUGAUGGGAGUCUCAGGCAAGGAUGACGUCUUCGCUGGUGCCUGGAUUGCCAUCUUCUGCGGCUUCUCCUUCUUCGUGGUAGCCAGUUUUGGUGUGGGCGCCGCACUGUGCCACCGCCGGUCCAUGGUCCUCACGUACCUGGUGCUCAUGCUCAUCGUCUACAUCUUCGAGUGCGCCUCCUGCAUCACGUCCUACACCCACCGUGACUACAUGGUGUCCAACCCAUCCCUGAUCACCAAGCAGAUGCUGACCUUCUACAGCGCGGACACCGACCAGGGCCAGGAGCUGACCCGCCUCUGGGACCGCGUCAUGAUUGAGCAAGAAUGCUGUGGCACAUCUGGUCCCAUGGACUGGGUGAACUUCACGUCAGCCUUCCGGGUGGCCACUCCAGAGGUGGUGUUCCCCUGGCCCCCACUGUGCUGUCGCCGGACAGGAAACUUCAUUCCCCUCAACGAGGAGGGCUGCCGCCUGGGGUACAUGGACUACCUGUUCACCAAGGGCUGCUUCGAGCACAUCGGCCACGCCAUCGACAGCUACACGUGGGGUAUCUCGUGGUUUGGGUUUGCCAUCCUGAUGUGGACGCUCCCGGUCAUGCUGAUAGCCAUGUAUUUCUACACCACGCUCUGAGGGACAAGAGGGGAAGGCAACAUACACACCCCGGACUCCUCUGCAUCCUCCUCCUGCUUCCUCCGCUGGGGCCUGGAUGGCUGCCUCACCUCUCACCUCCCAACCUCCCUAGCCAUUACCUCCUUCCACUUCCAAGAUCUUUUUCCGGGAUCCUGAGCCCUACUGUGCCUCAGGUGUGCCCUGAAACCCCAGGGCUUGUGUGCACGUAUCCUGAGCCCUUGACCUCACUCCACUUGGCUGGUUCCUGCCCAUCUUUCAAGGGACCUCUCCAUGAUCCCACCUCCCAUUCACAGACACCUUUCUUGUAGUUCUCUGACCUCCUCCUUCAUGGCAGGCGUCACCAUUCUUGCUGAACAGUUUGUGAUUACCAUUUGAGCUCUGGAAGCCUCUAUUGCCAUGAGAGUUCUGUCACGGUCACUUUACUGUCCCCAUCAUCAGCCAGCACGGGGCUAAGCACAUACUAGAUAGUCAAUAAAUAAAUAAUGAAUGAAUGAAUGAA